AUGUCCACAGCUGCCGCCCCAAGAAAGAGAUCGUUCAAGAGCUACUCCUACAAGGGUGUUGACCUGGAGAAGAUGUUGGAGAUGCCAACCGAGGAGUUCGUCAAGCUCGCUCCUGCCAGAGUUAGAAGAAGAUUCGCUCGUGGUUUGUCGUCCAAGCCAGCCGGUUUGAUGAAGAAGUUGAGAGCCGCCAAGCUUGCCGCUCCAGAGAACGAGAGACCAGCCGUCGUCAAGACCCACUUGAGAAACAUGAUCGUGGUCCCAGAGAUGAUCGGCUCCGUGGUCGGCGUGUACAACGGUAAGGUGUUCAACCAGGUCGAGGUCAAGCCCGAGAUGGUCGGUCACUACCUGGGCGAGUUCUCCAUCACCUACACCCCAGUCAGACACGGUAGAGCCGGUGCCACCACCUCCCGUUUCAUCCCAUUGAGAUAA